AUGGUUCGUCUGGAGCUCUCUCUUUUGCUCGGUGGUGCUGUGAGUGUUUUCGCAGCGUCCUAUAUCGAAUACUCGACUGUGACGGGAUAUUUCUUGCAGGAUGACGACUCCACUAACGCCACGACAUUUGACUACACCGCCACCAACUUUGGCCUCAUCAACCAGAGCUACCCAACAGACCCUGCGAACGCGGCGUUCUUAACCCAGUGGCAGCGGUUUAGCCUGGUCAUUUCGUCCCUCCAAGCCCACGCUCCCAAGAAUGUGGACUAUAAGCUUCUGUUCAUGGGUCGCCAUGGAGAAGGAUUCCAUAACGCUGCCGAAUCCUACUUUGGCACCCCCGCUUGGAACUGCUACUGGUCCCUGCUGGAGGGCAACGAAACCACGGUCUGGGCUGACGCCCAUCUGACUGAGGCUGGUAUCGAACAAGCUCUGAAGGCCAAUGCGUUUUGGCUGUCUCGCAUUGAAGACGAGAAGAUCCCCACGCCUGAACACUACUAUACGUCGCCUCUGUAUCGCUGCCUCUCCACGGCCAACCUGACUUUCUCCGGCCUUCCUCUCCCCGCCCGGCACCCUUUUCUUCCUACCAUCAAGGCCAAGCUGAGAGAAGGCAUCUCCGAGCACACCUGUGACCAUCGCAGCAACAAGACCUACAUUCACAAUGCCUUCCCCACCUGGAAAUUCGAGCCGGGUUUCCCCGAGUAUGACCAGCUUUGGACCGGCGUGACGGCCGAGACUUCAGCGGCACAGGAUUAUCGGUCGAAGCAGCUGCUGGACGACGUCUUUUCCUCUGACCGCUCAACGUAUCUCAGCUUCACUUCUCAUUCGGGCGAAAUUGCCUCGAUCUUGCGUGUGUUGGGUCAUCGAAUCUUCCCCCUCAGCACCGGUGCCGUGAUUCCGGUACUGGUCAAAGCCGAGACGGUCGACCUCAGCGCCGCAACCAGCACCGUGACUUCCGCCACCUGGACUCCGAGUCCUCACUGUACAGUUCCACCAGUGACCAGCAUCAGCGGGGGGGCGAGUGGUGGGUGUGUCUGUCCUAAUAGUGCGGCGCCUGUGACCACGACGCUGCCGCCGUAUCCGGUUGAGACGUGA